UAUAACCGGUAUGUGGCUCCAAUCAGUCAGUGUGUGUCUGAGUGUGUGUGUGUGUGGUGAUGAACGCAUACCGGUCGCAGCGGGCGCACAGAACUCAAACAGGACUCGGCCUCAUCCUUUGAAUCAGAGGCAGCAGUGUGAUGUUUAAAACGCGCGUUUGCAGUGUGUGUGUGUCGCUUUAGUGGAGACGAUGCUGACUGACACGACCGUGGAGGAGGAAUUCGAGAUCAAGGAGGAGGAACCGUGGUACGACAAGCAGGACCUUGAACAUGACCUGCAGCUGGCGGCCGAGCUCGGGAAGACCCUCCUGGAGAGGAACAGGGAGCUGGAGCAGGGCCUGCAGCAGAUGUACUCCACCGACCAGGAGCAGCUGCAGGAGAUCGAGUACCUGACGAAGCAGGUGGACCUCCUCAGGCAGGUCAAUGAUCAGCACGCCAAAGUGUACGAGCAGCUGGACGUGUCGUCCAGAGAGCUGGAGCACAGCAACCACAAGCUGGUGGUGGACAACAGGACGGCACAGCAGAGGAUCCAGGGGCUGGCCGAAACCGUGGAGCUGCUGCAGACGCAGGUGGAGGAGCUGCAGCAUCAGGUGGAACAGCUGAAGCUGUGUCCUCAGCCUCAGAAGCCUCCGCAGAGGGAGGGGUGGUCCACUCGCAGCAGUAAGAGUGUGUCCUGUCUGAAAGAGCUGCAGAACACGCUCAGGUACGACUUUGACCCCGAUGAACCCUCCUCCGACCUCGAGCCCUCCUCCGACAUGUCGUGGCAGGAGGAGGAGCAGGAGUCCCUGCGUCAGUCCCUCCGCGCCCUCCAGACGCAGUUUGCCGUGGAGCGCGCCCGCCGGGAGGAGGUGGUGCGGGAGGCCGAGCUGCUCGCCGGCGAGAACGCCACGCUGGAGCAACAGCUGACCAGGAUGGAGGGAUGUCAGGCCCGAGUGAACGAGCUGGAGCGGGAGGCCGAAGAGCUCCGUCAGCUCUGGAAGUCCCAGUCCUCCACCAGAGCCUCCAGGUCGGACUCUGUGAUCCACAACCUGCUGCCGGAGUCGCUGCUCCUCCACCCAGAAGAGGAGGAGAACGAGGGGGACCCAGCCGCAGCUCGAGGCCCCUGGGUGCUGAAGCGCUGGGGCCAGGAGAGGCCGACGAGGGCACCGCAGGCGUCUGACUGCCCCGACCGGAUCUACGACCACGAGUGCUCCUGCGUGCGCCGAGCCGAGGUGGUGAAGUACCGCGGCAUCUCGCUGCUCAACGAGGUGGACGCCCAGUACAGUGCCUUGCAGGUGAAGUACGACGAGCUGCUGCAGCGCUGCCACCCGGGGCCACAGGAGACCAACGAGGACGAGCAGAGCCACAAAUCGGUCCAGACGCCGUCCCUCGUUUGUCCCGCCCUGAGAGACAUGGCGGACUUCGAGGAGGACUUUCACCAGCCCGAGUACAAGGAACUUUUUCGGGAAAUCUUCUCCCGCAUUCGUAAAACCAAAGAGGACCUGAUUGAAAACAGGGGGAGAACCUCUAAGGGUGACACGCUGCCUAUCUCGCAUUAGCUGCUUCCCAGAGAAAAGAGAGAGAGAAGAAGACCGGGUGCGAGAUGAAUGAUCGUCUUCCAGUUACUCUGCGAUUUAAACUUGAGGCUUAAACAACAGCACAUGCAGCUAAGUCGACACUUUGAUGUGUGGGAGUUGCCCAGAAAUGUCCAGCAAAGACUCGAGAGUGAUGCAGAAAACAGGAGGACCAAACACCACCAGCUUAGGUCUCACAUGUGGCUCCUUUUGCACAGAAACACCAGUGCCUGACGCCGCCGCCUCCACCGUGCGCUCACUCUACCUCACUUUGCAAAGACCUGUUCUCAAACCUGGGGAAUAAUCUGUCGUGUCUUCAUGCACUGUGUCUGUAACGCUCUGUUCUACAGGUCCUGUAGUUUCCUUUAUAAAUGAAUGUAAAUUCACUGAAAGGUUCCUGGAAAAGACCCUAAAGAAGAAGUUUGGUGAUAAUUACAGAGAAAUUGGAGAAUCCAGUUAGAAUAUUUGAAUUAACUGCUGGUUUGAAGUAGUGCAAAAAAACUGUUCAUUACAUAUGGAAAAUCAGGUUUUGUAUUCAAUUUAAUAAAAGCCUCAUGUAGUGUCAAUGCAACAUUCAUUACAAAUUAAUCUACUGAUUGUUUUUUUUUUUUAUCACUUUGGUCAUAGAAUAUUCAGUAAGUACCAAAAAGCUUGAUUCUUGCGUUUGUAUGCAUUUUACAAUGAUGCAAAAAAAAAAAGUCCUCACAUUUAAUGGAGCCAGAUAAUUUUUGUUGGCAUUCCUGGAAAAAAAUUACAUAAAAAAAUGCUCAACAAAUUGUUUGAGCGCUAAACUCCACAAAAGUGAACUAAUCUCUCAGAACUUGACUCUAUUUUCCUAGUAACUUCAUACCUUUUCCUAGGAAACAUUAUUUGGGGAGACACAGAUCUGUAAAACGAAUUGCUCCACUUGAAUCUGUUUCGUUUACGGAUCUGUGGUCUAACGUCUAAUCUUAAUUUAUUUGUCUUCCUUGCUACUAUUGGGGGGGGGAAGAGAAAAAUGUAGGCGUGUUGGUGAUAGCUGUUCCUGCGAGGAUGAUCAAUAUAUAAUCUGAUGUUUAAUUGAUGAAAAAGAGGUUAAAGUCGGUUAUUGAGGGUGUUUUUGUGAUGUAACAUUGCUCUGAAACUUGAUUAUAGUGUAUUAGGUUAGAAGAUGAUGUGAGUGGAUGUUAUAUUAAAGGGACGUUCUGCGGUUCAUAAGGAAAUAACUUGAUAAUGUAGCAGCCUCCUGACGUAUUCGCCUCAGGACGCCGGUGUUUGAUUGGAAGCUUCUUUUCCCAGCAGCACCUCUGUUGCGUUCGGUGCUUGGCGUUUCCAUCGUCCUCGUUUGAGUUUGAAGUCUGUGCACAUGUAUGUAAACAUCCUGUUAAGUCCCAUUUAGAUGCACUUUAGAAUUGCACAGGCUCUUCUGACACUUUAUAUCUCAUGUGUAGUUAAUGCAAAGCGUGAUGUGCUACUGUUCCGAUCAUAUUCUAGACCUGAGUAACCUGCAGAAUGUUUGUUGGUCUGUACGAUGUGCUUUUGACCUGUUUCAUGACUGGACCUCAUUGUUGCUGUUAACGCUCUGAGCCAUAAAAGAUGAAGCAAGAUGA